AUGGAGCCAUGGCUGUACGCUUUAAUCUCCAGUCCCCUCUGCCUCAUAGGCAUGGUUUUCAACCUCCUCUUCUUUUUCUGCCUCAUGCGGCCAGUCUCCGGAGUGACGCUUCGUAAUCCACUGCGCUUCUUGUUAAUUGUUGUGCUCGUCAAUUCUACAUUUCAAUAUCUGGUCAUAGCCGUGACCAUUAUUAUGCUUCUUUUUGAUUACAUUUUCUGGCUGGAAACAGUUACCAGAGCUCUGAUUUAUCAAUUCUUUUGCGGAAACUUCUUGUGCAAUGCCUGGAUCAGCAUUUUCUACUACAUAUCAAUUGUUCCUCAACAUCAUGCCAUCUUCAUCUGGAUUAAGAGGAAUAUUAAAGCUAUUUUAUAUGGGGGCUUCAUUCUAAAUCAAAUAGUGCUUACGUUUGCUAUAUCUACGGGGGCAGUGACAUAUUUUUUUCUUGGGCCCGUCCCAGUUAAUUUUACUGCACUUGAACUGAACUCAACAGCACUAGCACAAACCUUAGAGGCAGACAUGUUUUUGUUUCAUGUGGCAAAUUUUUCAUAUUUGCUAUAUUGCACCUGCCCGUUGGUCACACUGAUAGUCUCUUGGGGCAAAACUUUUUUUUAUCUGCGUGGACAUAUGAAAAAGAUGGGACAGAGCGGCGAGUCUUUUUCCCAGCCCCAGCAGAAGAGCCAGAUGCGAGUCACAGUGACAGGUAUGGUGCAGGCAGCACUGUUCCUACCCAGUAGCCUGUGGACAGUAGCAGCUGCUCUCCUCUACAUUACAGGCCUCUUUGAAGAGGUGGAUCCCAGCAGGUUUAUCACAAUGACUUUCUGCUCACUGUCCAGCUUGGGAAAUCUGCUGUGUUUCGGAUUCUCCCAGUCUGUGUUUCGCCGUGGGAUUGUAAGUGUGAUUAAAAAGCUAAAAGGUUGA